AUGAUAAGCUGGUGGAAGUUCCCCAGGCAAGCGCAGAGCAAAGCUCACUUCAAUGUGAAUGUUGACAAUGCAAUUGAAGAACUCCUUCAUAUGCAACCCGCUUCUUUAUCAGAGCAGGAGCUGUACAUGUACAAUAUAGAGAAGACAUACAUGAGGCAAUUUAUGCUCUUGGAGAAGGAGAACGAGGUUCCGUCCCAUCUGUCAGCCGAAAAUAUGAAGCAGUGGUUACUGAACAAGAGAAGUUUCCAGCAUGAGUUCUGCAGUAUUGAAGUGAAAGUGCAUCCCGGGAUGUUCGAGCUUCUUCGUGUGGCUUGGACUAGGGCAAGGAUAAUGUGUCUGAAUCAGAUGCACUGGCAAGUCUGCAAAGAUUUCACCCUUGAAGAACGCCUUUCGGGGUUGUUCAAUAGAAAGGUCACCAUCGAAGGCCUCCAAAAAUUCCUUUCAAUAGUGACUCCCCUGGCUGAAGAGAACAUCAAAACAUACGUCCAUCAUCUAUACCGCUCUCUGCAAGUAUCAUUGAGCAGCAGUGAGAUGACCGAGACACAAAGACUGACACUGUACCCAGAUUUUCACCGUGCUACUGCGCCUAUCGUGAGAGAGAUCCUUCGAUUGGUUCUAAAUUCGCUUAUGUCAAAAAUGAACUCUCUUGAGAAUGAUGAACCCAUCACAGCAACAUUAGAGCAAAGAUCUGAGAGAGCCAGCAAGAAGAUCGUCCGUAUGCUCACCGACGCUCUGCUUUCCAUUCCGUGCCUGCGACAACACAUCACACAAGACAAUAAAACAUACAUGAGGCAAUUCAUGCUUUUGGAGAAGGAGAACAAGGUUCCGUCCUAUCUGUCAGCCGAAAACAUGAAGCAAUGGUUGCUGAACAAGAGAAGUUUCCAGCAUGAGUUCUGCAGUUUUCAAAUGAAAGUGCAUCCCGGGAUGUUUGGGUUCCUUCAUGUGGCUUGGACUAGGGCAAGGAUAAUGUGUCUGAAUCAGAUGCACUGGCAAGUCUGCAAAGAUUUCGCGCUUGAAGAACGCCUUUCGCGGUUGUUCAAUAGAAAGGUCACCAUCGAAGGCCUCCAAAAGUUCCUUUCAAUAGUGACUCCCCUGGCUGAAGAGAACAUCAAAACAUACGUCCAUCAUCUGUACCGCUCCCUGCAAGUAUCAUUGAGCAGCAGUGAGAUGACCGAGACACAAAGACUGACACUGUACCCAGAUUUUCACCGUGCUACUGCGCCCAUAGUGAGAGAGAUCCUACGACUGGUUCUGAAUUCGCUUAUGUCAAAUUUGGACUCUCUUGGGAAUGAUGAAGCCAUCACAGCAACAUUAGAGCAAAGAUCACACAGGGCCAGCAAGAAGAUUCUCCGUAAACUCACCGACGCUCUGCUUUCCAUCCCGUGCCUGCGACAACACAUCACACAAGACAAUGUGCUGGACAUUUGUACUGACACUGCUGGGAAAAUCACCCAAAACCUUUUCUGUAACAUUCUUAAAAGCGCUGCAAACGUUCACUUUCUGAGCUGUGAUGAAACCUUGAUCACUGCACGGCUCGAAGUCAAGAAUGCCAUUGUGGAAAUGGUUGACAAUGGGAGUGAUCUACCUCUUUUAAGCUAA